AUGGCAGACAAGAAAUCUACAGACACUGUAAUAGCACAAUCAAACCCCCGCGGCAUCCCUGCCGCCCCCUUCAUCGACAAUGUCAGCGACUACGUCUCCUCCCGCGCAGACGUGGAACCCACCCUCCAGCGCUUCCAGGAGAUGAUCUCCAAGUACCAGUUCAUGGAGCUCAACACCCAGCGCCGCGCGCAGGGCCUCCGCGAAAAAAUCCCGGAUAUUAAGAAGACGCUGGAAGUGGUCCGGUUCCUGAAGCUGCAGAAAGACGCAAGCUCCUCGACCCUCGAGACUAGUUUCGAAUUGAACGAUACCCUCUACGCACGCGCACAAAUCUCCCCCUCCGAUACCGACGAGGUAUACCUCUGGCUCGGCGCGAAUGUCAUGCUGGCGUACCCCAUCGCCGAGGCCGAGACGAUGCUGCAGGAUAAGUUGUCCGCGGCGGAGCAGAGUCUGGCGAACUGUGAUGAGGACCUGGAGUUUUUGAGAGAGCAGAUUACAACAAUAGAGGUUGCGACGGCGCGUGUUUAUAACUGGGACGUUGUACAGCGGCGGAAAGAAAAGGCCGAAGGGAAAGGAGACGAUGAUGAUCAUACCGAGAAGCGCAAGCCGGGUGGUUGA